CUCCUCCUCUUCUGUCCUCCCCUCUCCUCCCUCCAUCCCGGAGACGAGUGUACACAGCCCCUCAAGUUGAGUCCAGACGCACAAGCGCGCACAUAACACGCGCAAGAGGAGGAGAGUCGGAGAAUAGACGGAGGGAGGAAGGAAAAGGAGAGCGGACGGAACCGAAGCCGAGCGAGCGGAAUUGGAUUUAAUGUAUUAGCGUUAAGUGACUUGAGUUUUCAUUCUUAUUUUGGGGACAUGAAGAGGACUUUUUGAUUCGUUGGGAGUUGCCCGUCCACUCUUCGGUUUGUUUAAACUGUGUGAAAAGAGUGUGUUAGAGGAAGAGACCGUCCCGUUUGGAUAAAUAAAGCAGACGAGCGCCGGUGAGGAAAGGAGCUCAUCACAGGGAACCGGGUGCGAUCCUCGGUUCUGGCUUCGACCAAAGACAUCGCAGACUUUUUUUUGGGGGGGGGGGUGGAUUAAAAAAAGAAGCCAGUUUGUACCGGAAUCUUCCUUCCGGUGUUGUUCUUAAAUAUUUUCACAAGGAUUUAUAGUUUACUCCCAAACUAAUUUGCGCGGCAUCUCGGCUCGAGCACAGCGGGGAGCGCUGCGUGGUCAAAAUGAGAUCGUUGGCACUGGCGCGGUAGAAGUCUGUCAGGGGAAAAGGAAAUAGACAGAAAAAAUAACAGAUCCCGCUUUUGCCGAUUUUGUGGACAGUCCCGUGGUUCUCAGCCGACAGGAGGGAUGGAGACGCUGUGGAGGAGCGGAGGCGCGGCGCUGGGAUGCGGUCUCUGGAAGACGCUGCUCCUUCUCUUCCUGUGGAACGCGUCUGACGGCCUAGCGGCAGCGGCAGGGGGCGGGUCCGGAGGGGCGGCGGAGCCUUUCCAGCCUCGUUUCACCACCUCUUUCCCCACCUACCUCCCCGUCCAGUGCCAGCUGAGCAGCGCUGACUCUGCCUUCUUCAUGCGGGAAGCCAAUCAGGAGGUGAUGCGCAACGGCAGCCUGUCCUCGAGGACCGAGCCGUUCUUCCUCCACCAGCUGGUGCCAGGUGUGGCGGCGCCGCACGCCCUGCCCAGCGUCAACUGCAGCUACGGCAACCUGAGCGUCGAGCAGUCGGUCCCGGUGGAGCUCCUCCAGGGUCCUCCGCCUCACCUGCUGCCAACCUCCAACCAGGUCACGCUGAACUGGAAGGUCAAAGGUCAAGUGGUGGUGCCCAGGGUGGGGUCAACGCGGCCUUGGAUUCAGGUUCUGUUCUACCUGGUGGGGCGGCGCUGGGACGAACCCGACCCGCCUCCUCCAUCACUGCUCCCAUGUGUCAGAGCCGUAGCCAUCCGGAACACCAGCGAAGCGGCACCCUCGGCGGGCUGCCGACUUGUGGGACCAUCUGGCAUCUGCGUGGUCCGUCUGGAGAUCCCCCCAGCUUGGUUUACACCGCCUCAAGUGAGGAAGAGGCCCCCCGAAGCGACCCUGCCUUCAGUGGAUGUGUAUUACUCAAUUAUCCCAGUGGAAGGGGAGGGCCAGGAGUGUCCGUCCGUGGUCCACGAGCCGUGGAGAGGUCCGAGUGUGAACACCGGGCCGCUGGGAGGCCUGGGCCUUGCAGGCCAGUGGAGCCCUCUGGUGGACGGGGGUCUUCAGGACAUGCUGAAAGCCGGUACUGUGGGGAUGACGGUGGGCCCGGUUUCAGCCAAAGGAGAAAGACUGAGACUGGAUGAAAAUGUCGAGGUUCUGGUGCCACCCAGUCCGGUUCGACUCGGCAAGACGGUGGCGUUUGGCGUCUACAUGAGGACAGAUUCCAACACAGAGCAGUUUGUUUUAAGGGUGUGGUUCCAGUCAGGCAUCAACUUCCUGGCUGUGAAGCCCAGCAACCUGGUUGCGUGGGAGAUCAAACAGGACAUGGCGCCGGGAAGCAGCUCGCUGGCGGUGAUGUGUCAGAGGAAGGCGUCCUCCACCGCAGAGAGACUGGAAAGUCCGUCGUAUGAGGUGAUGCAGCUGGACUUCGAAGUGGACAACGUGAUGAACCGGGUGUCGACACAGACUCUACACUGGAGCGUGGAGUACGCGGCCGGUGUGCAGGCGUCCUCCAGACAGACGGAGAGCGUCUCACACCUGUACAUCAGCAACGCCGACGUGCAGGGCAUCGUGCCGCUGGCUGAGGACACUGAGGUGGUGAACACUGCCAUCCUCACGGGGCGCCACGUCACGGUGCCCGUCAAAGUGGUUACCGUGGAAACCGAUGGGCAGGUGAGGGAGGUGGACGACUCCAUCACCUGUAGCUCCACCAAUUCUGACGUGGUCAAGGUUUCCCCAAAAUGUGACCAGGUUUUGGUGAACGGUGAGGAGAAGAGCGGCCGUCAGUCUUUGGCGGUGGACUUCACCUACCUGCACCUGUCUGCUCAGCUGCAGCUCAGCGUCUGGGUGCCCAAGCUGCCUCUGCAGAUAGAUGUGUCCGACACCGAGCUGAGCCAGGUCAAAGGCUGGAGGGUGCCCAUUGUCACUAACAAGAGACCAACCAGAGACAGUGAGGAUGAUGAGGAUGACGAGAAGAAGGGCAAAGGCUGUACCCUACAGUACCAGCACGCUUUGGUGCGGGUCCUCACCCAUUUCGUUGCAGAAUCCUCCGACUCGGGGCAGAUUGUUUACAUGCUGGGUGCAGACUGGCAGGCUGACAUCACCAACCUGGUUGUGAACCAGUUAAAGGUCGAACAUUCUCAUAUCGCCAGACUCAUAGAUGGACCCAUUUUAAUAGGGCGGGAAGAGGGUGUGACCACCAUACAGGUUUUGUGCCCACUGUCCGACUGCAUCCUAGCAGAGAAAACCGUGAAUGUGUUGGAUGACAAGGUCACAAUCACAGACAUGGGCGUCCAGUUGGUUUCUUCCCUGUCCCUCAGCAUGACAGCAAGUCCUGGGAAUUACCAGACUAUCCAGCUAACAACAUCAGCUACAGACCUGCUGCACACAGCGAAACAGGAAGCUGUGAUCAGUGCGUGGAUCCAGUACAGCGACGGUGCAGUGACACCACUCGAUAUCUAUGAUCCCAAGGACUUCCUCCUCUCGGCUGUCUCUCUAGACGAGAGCAUCAUCUCUGUAACUAAUCAGGAACAGCACUGGCCCAUAGUAGUAGCAGAGGGCGACGGACAAGGACCGCUGGUUCGUGUGGAGAUGGUCAUCUCUGAGACCUGCCAGAAAUCCAAAAGGAAGAGUGUACUGGCUUCUGGAGUGGGCAACGUAGUAGUAAAGUUUGGUGCAAAGAACCAGGAGAAAGGUGUCAUGGGAAGACCCGGACAGGAAGAUGGAGGUGGGAUGGACAACAGCACCAAUGAGCAACAAGCAAAGGACGGAGCGGAGUGGAAGUCCAACAGCGCAGCAGCGGAUCGGGAGGGCACAAGGAAGGUUAGCACAACAACCAAGAGCUCAGUGAUCAGCCGAGGUGGUAAAGUUGCCAGCGGGAGCAGCAGCAGCCGAGGCGGCAGCCCGAGCCAAGCGGGGGACUACAGCAGCUACCCAGCACAGGUGGAGGUACCAGGGACCGGAGACAGCGAGCUGACCCAGACCACCAGGGGCCUGUCGGACCUGGAGAUCGGGAUGUAUGCCCUGCUGGGAGUAUUCUGCCUGGCAAUACUGGUCUUUCUCAUCAACUGUGUCAGCUUUGCUUUCAGAUAUCGUCACAAGCAGGUUCCUGUUCUGGAGGCAGGAGGCAACAUGAACCACGCCCAUGACUGGGUGUGGCUGGGCAACGAGGCAGACCUCCUAGCCGAGCACUCGGACCAGUGUCAGGGUGGGCUGCCGGAUGAGUGCACCACCAUUAUUGACCGCAACGAAGGAGGAUAUGAGGAGAGCAAGUACCUGCUGAAUGGGGCUGGUAACACCCUAGUGAUGGGCGUAGGCACAGGAAUGGGCACCAUUAGUGGAAGUGGUGGCACAGGUGGACACCGGGGCAUCAGCCAUGGACAAACGCUGCCCAGAUCUGUCCCAGAACCACAUCAGUGCCUUUCCACAAUCACCACCGGUGGCAAAGACGCCACCAUCCAUGCAGAGCAUCUGAAUAAUUCCCCUCGAGCUACAGCGGCAGCAGCGGUAGCAGCCGCCAAGCGCAAACGCGUCAAGUUCACUUCUUUUGCCACCAUUCUGCCCAACGAUAAUUCAGGUGGUGGUGGCCCAUACUCCAACUCAUCAGUACUGGUGACCAAUGGGAAUGAGGAUGACAUCAAGUGGGUGUGCCAGGAUAUGGACCUGGGUCAGUCUGAAAUCAGAACCUACAUGGAGCGGCUACAAGACAAUCUUUGACUGAUGAGAAAAAGACUGAACAAAGAAGGGGCGGCGGAUGAGUGGAGGAGGGGGAGGGGAGUGAACAAUGAGUACAAUUCACCUGUAAUGCCUUUGCAAUGGAUGAAGGGAGGGAAAAUGGGAGGAAUUUGAGAACAGUAGAGGGACUGUGACUGGCAGUAGAGGGGCCUUACUUGGCUCCCUGUAGACUGUGGAUGACACACAGUCAGCGAUGGCUCGCACUGACAUCAAUGGUAGCAAACAACAAAUAACACAAUGAGUUUGUUUUGUAUUAUUUAUUGUAAAAAUAUUGUAUUAGUGUACAAAUCUAUAAUAAAGUUGUUAUUGGUUAUAAAGGAUUAUUUUCAGAAUACCAGUAAAGCAUUGUACCAUUGCCACUGCUCAAAUAAUACUGAGACCUUACAUCAUGUCCUGACUUCAGAAGUCCUGAUUCAUAUUGUCAACAAAGGCUCUGGCUGUUUAUUGAUUAUUGAUAGAUCUAGUUUCAAUAUUUACACAUCAUUUACCCACCAAGCGUGAUGAACGGUCCUUGAUUGAAUUGUUAAUUUCUCUGACGAAACAAUGUGAUUAUUGUGAUACAAUCUGUUUCUUCUUGUUCUAUCAUGUCACUUGUUUCUUUUCGGGUCUUAUUUAAGUAAAAUAUGACAUGUACAAAUAUAUAUUUAUUCCAAGUACUAAACUAUAAAUUCAGGCAGUGGGAUUUUUCAUUCAGCGCUGUAUUCGGGUCAAUCUUACUCUUUGCUCAAAUAACACAAUGUGUCAAGAGUUGGGAAAGGAUUUUUGAAACAAAAGACUGUUUCUCCCUUGCAUCCAAGACAGAGGCAUUGAAUCUUGCACAAUUACAAACAGGAGGAGACAUUAGCCAUAGUUAUGGCUCAGCUCCUGUUUGAUGAAACCUUCCAGCCAACGACGACUUCCUCCCCGUGUUCAGAAACGCCCCUGUUGUCCCCUGGCCCCUUCCUGCGUGUGACUGGACAGCAGUGAGAGACUUUGUAAAGUAAACUAUACAGUGGGACACUGAAAAGCUGAGGGGGGCUAAUGUGUUGUAUCAGAAGGAGGCUGUGUAGACUCCACGAAGCCUGAACAGUCCAGACUAUUACAAUUCAAAUGACAAUGAACUCUUAAACAGCCAGUGACUAGAUGUGGCUUCAUAAAACAUGUUCUUGCUGAACGUUAUAAAUAUAUUUCCUUUUGUUUGUCCUUUUUUGAGAAAUAGAAUGUUUUAGAAUGUUUUUUCCAAUUUGUUAGUUUUUCUAAUUUGGGAGGACAUUAAUUAUAGCUUUUUAUUUUAGAGAUUUCUUAAGCUUUUAAGGAUAUAUGAUUCAUUUUUUUCUCCUAGAAAUCUAUUUAUUUAAAUUAACAUUUGAGAGGGUGAGGAUGGACAGAAUGGCCAGAGGCAAAGAUAGAAAUCAAUAAACCUCCUGGUGAAGAUAGCACAUAAGAGAAUAAGGGAAGGAGACGGGACAGGCAAAGGUCGCCUCACCUUCGUUAAGCUCAGGUGAAGACUCAUGAAGAACCGACAAUAAGGAAAACUGUAAGAUUGUUAAGAAUGCAAUAUUUAUUUAUAAAUGUCUUACUGUACUGAGUACACUGUAUGUUGUAAAUAAAAUGCUUCAAAGUGCUUGUGAAUAAGAUUGCAGGUCACUAGCCUACAACAUGGUGAUAUUUUGUACAUUUUUCAGUGCAAACAUGGUACACAAUAUUAUCUACCGCGACAAUGUGAACGUGAUCAUUGGUUCCUUUUCUAAACACGUCCCUGUCUUUGUUUAAAGUAUUCAAUGAGUUCUUGUCUUUGUACAGGGUAGGGAUCAGCUUACCUCCGUAAUAAGAUGUAAAAAUGGAAGAAAUCUAUUGUGCAUCAGACUCAAAACUGGUUGAGGUACAAGUAGAUAUCAAAGCAAACCAAACCAAAUGUUGUCCUGUCUAUGAGUGAGUCCAAUGGAAGACAGAAACUAAUCAAUAAACAUACAAAUCAUAACCCAAACAUCUGAGUGUAAAUCAGAAAGAAUAGGGAACGGAACGAAAAGAGAGCUUGGAUACAAGACCUGAGUUGACUCCAAUGAGGGAAUUAAAUAGGCUGCACAGCCUGCACCAAAGCAAUAGGUGGUUUCGACUCGUUUUGACUAAUGGUGACAAUUAUAAUGUAUGUUGUGGACUUAAUGUAUCUUACUGUACCUACUCUAAAGUAGCUACGAAACGUUUGUGACUGAAAGUAUCAGACUGAUAUGAGUUUGAUAGCCACUUAAGCUGUGUAGCACCGCUCUCAGAAAACAUUUAACACGCUAGAACUGUGACUUUAUACAGUACAUACUUUGCAACUUGUGUCACCCAGUCUACAUGUUGUAUAAUUUUGAAAACAGUAUGGGUGUCAAUGGAAAACAAUUUAAAGCUAUUUCUGAGCGAGUCAGGGCAUUUUAGUGUUCUUUUAUACCAGUAAAGCCACCACAUUUACUGUUUGUAGCCACCGUGGGAGGGCUGGGAUUUGCUGUGCUGCUGUUUACUGAGCUUCUGCUCAACUAGAAGCGUUACAAUGCCAAUGGUUUUGUUAUGGUUCCACAUCAGUUUGGUUGAACACUAGCAGGUGUUUGAUGCAGGCAGUUCCACCAGUUGACCUCCCAGUUUGGCCGGAGCACAGAGAUGAUUUUUUAUCUGUUUAUUUGGCUUCUAGUCUGUAUUGCAGAACAUGAGUGCAGCAGGCGUUCAGCCAGCAAACAGGGCAGUUAAAACCAGGCCUCUACCGUGGCUACAUCUAAAAAAGAAAUUGAAUCAUUCAACACAAAUCCAUUUUUUUAAAUGGUGUUCAGUUUUUCAUGGUGUUACAGGGGGAACAUAUGAGCAGCAGCUUAACUUUCUACAGCUAGAGAAGGUGUUAGUUAGUGAACACGGUCCUAAAGGUUUCUGUUUAAUUACAUUUAUUCUUUUUUUUCUUUUUGCUAUUGUCAUUGUUCAAACAUGGUUGUUGGAGGCCAAUAAAGACCCAUAACGAAA